AUGAUGGUGUUUUGGAACGGCCUUACUUUGAGCGAGAAGGAAGGAUUCGUACAUGGCUUAAGGUUUAUCAAGAAAAAAUAUAACAAGGAAGGUGAGUUUGAUUCCUCUUUUGAUGAUUCUAUUGAUAAUGUUAAGAAACUAUCAUCUGUUAGCCAAAGAAAUGAUAUUCUGAUGAAUUGGAAAGAACUUAAUCAAAAAAAGAAGGAGAAGGUGAUCCAUAAGUUGUGCACGAGUAAAAUAAAAAAACAGGUGGAAGCUAGCUUAGGGAAGAACCGAGUAUCAUUUAAACCUUCUGCUUCUUUGUUUCCUGCGGUUAUUGAUAUGAAGAAGACAUCGGAUUUAGAAGCUUCAGAUGGAUUGCAAAAAGUGGGAGAAACUGUGUUAAAUCUCAUUCCCGAAGGAGUUCCAAUCUCGAAUAAUAAUAGGCCUGUGAUUGUUGAUAUUCAAGACAUCUGUUCUAUGCGCCCUCAGGUUAAGGAGAAGAGGGUAAAGAAGAAGUUUGAAAUUGAUGAAAUUGUCAGUCAACAGCUUGAACAAGUCUGUAAUGAGAUUAUAUUCCAUUUUCCAAGUAAGUUUAAUCAUUUAGAGCUUGCUUGUGAGGGUGAAUUCAAAUACAAGUAUGUUGAUACUGAGGAGGAAGAAAGUGAAGGCCAAAUGAACAUAGAUGAUAAGGAAGAAACAAGAACAAUGGGUUAUAAUACUAAUGGCGGGCUUCUUAUAACUGAAGAUAUGCUGGAAGAAGUGAAGGUUAAUAAUGUAAAGGGUAAAGAGGAGAAGAUUAUUCUUGUGCAAAAUGCGGUGGAAGAAAAAAGUGAAGGAAAAGUUUCAUAUGCUGAAAAAGUGAGUGGAAAGAAAAUGAAUGCAGCGAAUCUUAUUUCAAAAGUUAAAAAGAAUGCUGAACUCCCUGAAGGUGUUGUGGAAAUGCCUAUAAGUGACAUUCUUAAAGGUUGCAGCCCAUUUAAAACAACAUUGUAUGGGUAUUUUAUUGAUAAACACAUUAAUUUUUUUAAUGUUAAUAAGUUUGCCCAUAAUAUGUGGAAGAAAUAUGGCUUGGAAGAGGUAAUGGUAAAUGAUGAAGGGAUUUACUUUUUUAGAUUCAGCUCAGAGCAAGGUCUUCUUUCGGUGCUAGAAGGGGGAGUAUGGAUGAUAUUUGAUAGUGCACUCAUUAUCCGAAGAUGGACCACAGGUGUUAGCUCAGUUAAAGAUCAGCAUGAUAAAAUUCCUGUUUGGGUAAAGAUAUACAAUGUGCCCCUGGAGUACUGGAAUGGGACAGGUUUGAGCCAUAUUGCUUGGGAAAUUGGAAAGCCUUUAGAUGUUGAUGCUCACACGGCUAAAAUGUGUCAAGAACAUUGGGGAAGGCCGGCUUUUAUGAGAAUCUUAAUUGAAAUGUCAGCAGCCAAGGAGUGGCUUAAUGAAGUUCUCAUUUAUUCCUCGGACUUAACAACAGGUGAAAGAAUUCCCUCCAAAUGCAAGAUUGAAUAUGCUUGGAAUCCUUCAAAAUGCUCUCAUUGUAAAGUAUAUGGACAUUCGGAUUCUAAAUGUGGGAUAUUAUUAGCAAAGCAAGCUACGGAAAGCAGCAAGGUGACUGGGAAUGAGGAAAAUAAGGAAGGGAAAAAGGUUGAUUUAAUGGAGGUUCUUAUUGCUAGUACGAAAAAAGUGGAAGAAGAUAAUGAAGGGUUUCAACUUGCAAGUAAAAAGAAUAAGGGGAACAAUAUAGGAGGUCUCGGCAAGGAAGAAAUGGGAAAGAAAAACGUUUUUUUGGUUCAGGGGCAAAAUGGGAAUUAUCAAGGAAAUGGGAAAAAAGUGGCUGGAACUAAUGUUGGAAGUCAGGGGCAGAAAUGGAAUAGUGGAUUGAAAAUGGGGAAUAACAAUGGGGGUAAUCAAUGGAAUAAAGGAAAAGCAAUUCAGGGGCAUAAUGGGAAAAAUUAUCACAAGAAUGGGAAUGGUUUUGGUGGAAAAUUUGAACAGGGGCAGAGCAGCAAAAAUAUUCAGGUUGUGAAAAAAGAAAGUAUUGAAGGUUCUGCUAUAGAUGGGAAUAGUCAACAAAAGCCUAAUCAGUUUGUGGGGCUGGGGAAAAAAGAAGAAAACGUGAGAAAGUAUGUUCCAAGAUCUGGUCCGGAUAUUAAAAUUAGCUCCAAUUUUGAUUUGAAUAAUCAGAAUGUGUUUGAUUCUGGUUCCAUGGAGUUUGUUUCAAAAAAUAAGUUUGACAUUUUAAUGAAUUUGAAAGAGGAGGGUCAAUUUGGGAACUCAAAAAGAGAGGUUGAUGAUAUUGAUUUAGAAUACUUGGAUACGGUUGAUCAAAUGGAAGUUCUUGAUGGUAUCCCUUUGAAUGAUACCAAAAUGGAAGCUGGUGCCAAUGACGUUUAA